ACACCUGCUGCAGUUUUAAUAAUUCAGGCUGUUAGUUAGUACACGUCUUAAUAGCAUCAAUAAAUAUGUUAAAAUCUAAUAAAGAUGCACCCGAGCAUUUGCAGGACAAACCAGUUGAUUUGGACAGUGUCCUUGUCAACGAACUUGGUCAAUUUGGUAGAUUUCAAUUCAAAAACAUACUUCUUGUAUCACUUCCUAUCAUCAUGUCUGGAUUUAUGAGUGAAUAUAUUUUUUCGGCUGCUGCUAUUCCUCACAGAUGUCAAAUACCGGAAUGCGGAGAGAAUAGUAGCAAUGUUGUUUUCGAGCCUGAAUGGAUAUCGAAUGCGAUUCCCGAGACUAGUUCAGGAUGGUCCAGCUGCGAGCGGUUUGCCCCCACAGGGUUCGACGGCUCCCUCGACUACUGCCCCAGUGAGAUGUUUAACAGGGACGUUGUCGUAGCCUGUGAUAACUUCGUCUAUGAAAGGGAUAACUCAGUUGUCUAUGAUUUCGACCUAGGCUGCCAGGAGUGGAUGCGCGCGCUGGCUGGCACACUAAGUAGCGUUGGCACACUCCUCGUACUGCCCAUCACCGGCUACUUCUCAGAUCGCUACGGCCGCCGUCUUGCACUUGUCGUCAGCGUCUUUAACUUGGCACUCUUCGGCCUCAUCAGAGCCUUCUCUGUCAACUACGUCAUGUAUUUAGUGCUACAGCUCUUACAGACAACCUUAGGGGCUGGCACUUUUAGUUCUGCUUACAUUUUUGGCGCCGAAUUGGUUGGACCGAAGUAUCGAGUACUGAUCGGUGCGUUCACAACGUCGAUGUUCGCGGUGGGUCUGAUGGUGAUAGGCGCCGUGUCCUGGGCGAUUCACUCGUGGCGGCACAUGAUCCUGGCCCUUCACGUGCCCUGCUUCCUUAUUAUCUCCUACUACUGGUUCCUGGGAGAGAGCGUGCGAUGGCUGCUCUCCAAAAAGAAGUUUACAGAAGCACGGGCCGCUUUAGAAGAAGUCGCAAAAGUAAAUAGAACACAAAUUAGUGAAAAAUCAAUGGAAGCAUUACUCACUCCACCACCAACUCAAGAAACUCCUACUUCGGACGGUCCAGGAUUGAUUGGGUACAUCUUCAGCUCUCGCGUACUCUUGCGUCGCGUUUGCACCACACCUAUCUGGUGGAUCACCACCACACUGGUCUACUACGGUCUCUCCAUCAACUCCACCAGCUUAUCCGGUUCUAUGUAUGUCAACUUUAUCCUGACCUGCGCCAUCGAAAUCCCCGGAAACUUCGCUGCCGUACUCAUUCUCGAUAGAGUCGGAAGAAAACCUACUUUGUCGGUAGGAUACUUCUUAAGUGCUGCAUGUAAUAUCACUUUUGCCUUCCUUCCGAGUGACCUUAGUGUUUUGCGGCUAGUAAUAUACCUUUUGGGAAAGUUUGGGAUCUCUGUGGUGAUGACGUCAAUGUACGUGUAUACAUCAGAGCUGUAUCCGACUGAGUUCCGUCACAGUUUCCUUGCCUUCUCCUCCAUGAUUGGUAGGGUAGGGUCUAUCUGCGCACCGCUCACGCCUGCUUUGAUGGUGUACUGGGCGGGCAUUCCUUCAGUGAUGUUCGGGGCCAUGGGUCUACUGGCGGGUCUACUAGUGUUGACGCAGCCGGAGACACUUGGCUCCAAGCUGCCAGACACGCUGGCUGAGGCGGAGGCACUUGGGACGCCGGAAUCUAAAUUGUCCAAGUAGUAUUUAAUCGACUUAUAAUUAAGUGAAUUAGUUAAGAACGAUAAAGAAGCUUGACGAAAGUAUGCAAAUAGUGUUUCCUGAAAAAUGUAAAAAAAACAUCAUCUAUGAUCUAUUUACAUAUUAAGGACCUGUACACGUAUAAAAAUAAAGUUUCGGCAAACACGAGGCGAAGAAUCUGGCGAGUUCGUUCUUAAAUCUUAAAGACAUAUGACCAAUAU